AUGGCACAAUUUAUCAAAGGCCAAGACCCAAAGAAAAAAAUCACAUUCUCCCUCGAUUCGCCAAACACCACUGUUGGAUGGCCGGAAGUUAGUAGCGCAAACCAGGAUACAAUUUUAGAUCUACUAUGCAGUUUGCUGGAACCCAUAGGUCAACAUCGAAAUCUCUACAUUCAGCCCUCCAAAGGCAAGCGCUCUCGUAAACGAAAGCGCGAAUUCCUUUCCAAUCCCUUAGCCGCAUCAGUGUUACCCAUACCACCACCGUCACCCCCGGAACUCAAUUCAUUCAUAACAAUUGGACUCAACUCAACUACCAGGCACCUUGAAUCUUUGGCUAAGGCACUACCAACCGAAACCACAACGCCCAGGCCCCGCCUCGCCGUCUUUGUCUGCCGUUCCGACUCGCAGCCUUCGCAACUUCAUUCUCAUCUUCCUUUAUUAUGUGGUAUUGUCUCUAAGGCAUCUCCGGGACUCCCUAUCAGACUUGUUCAACUCCCCAAAGGGGCGCAGGCGCGGGUCCACCGUGUUGCUGCAAUUUCUUGA